AUGCAAGUCCCCCUCGAUGGCCUCGACGAGGACACUAGACAAGGGCUGGAGCUCAACUUGAACAACGCGAGCAAGGAUCCAUCCCAUGUCAACCGGUGCUUGAAGAUCCACUCCCGAGCUUCGCUGGCCGAACCGAUUGGCCAUCCCGGCGUCUACCACCGGGAGCCCCCCGGUCAGAUCCCCGUCAGAUCCCGGCGGCCACCCUGA